CCGGAAGUGACGUCGGCGGCCGUGGCGGGCGGGCGGAAGGCGGAAGUGAGGAACGUGAGGGACCCGGGGGGGGGCGGGAGGAGGCGGCGGACCCCCCCCCCAGCACCGGCCCCGCGGGGCAGCGCUCCAUCCCGGCCCUGCAGCCCCUCAUCGCUCUGCUUGGCCCUUCAACCCCGUUCCCCCGGGCUUGUCCCGUUCGGUCCCAUCCCGGUGCUGAUCCCGGUACCGGUUUCAGGCCCGGGAUGAUGGCGGUGACUUAAGGCCCGGUUCGCCCAUGGAGGGGAGCGGGGCCAACCGGCAGCGCUGUGCACGGAGCGGCGCCGCCUGGAACGGGCACUGCGGGCACGGAGCGGAACCGACGGAUCAUCACGGGGACGGCGGGGAACGAGCGGAACCUCGGAACCACCCGGUACCGGACGGAACCUGCAACGAACCCGGGAACGAGGAGGGAGACGAGGAACCGGGGAAAGGAAACCGGAGGGUGCGGAGGAAACAACGGCAGCGAUCGGUUCAUAAGGAGAAGGAGGAGAACGGCGGCAGGGGGCGGCUCAAGGAGCGGCUGGAAGCGGCGCUGAACAACGGGAACGGACGGAGCGAACCGGGAACCGGGCGGGGAUGGACGCGGAGAGCGGCGCUAAGGGCGGCCCGGGGGCUGCGGGCGGGCGGGGAGUCGGUGCUGCGGCUGCUGGGGACGGUGUGUGCCGUGAUGCUGCUGCUCGUCGUGCUGCUGAUCGGGGCCAUCCGGUUGUGCUGGAGGAUGGUGAUUAACGGGGGCAGAGCGAUGGGACGGAGCCGGUUGGCGGAGCUGCUGGACGCCGCCGUGAUCCGCAGGAUCAUCCGGGAGGACGGGACUUGGAGGCGGAUCUGGGUGCGAUGGAGGCGGAGAACAGCCCAGGAGCCGCAGGGGGGGUGUGGGGUGAUGGGGGAUGCGGUGGCCGGUUGUGAGCUGGGAGCUCCCGGUAGCUCCGAGGAGGAGGUGUCCCGGCUGCUGGCCAUGGCCGAGGGGCCCGAGGAGGAGCUGAACCCGUUCCAGGCGCUGGGAGUGGAAGCGACGGCGUCGGACGCGGAGCUGAGGAAGGCGUAUCGCCGGCUGGCCGUGCUGGUUCAUCCGGAUAAGAGCCAGCACCCCAGAGCCGAGGAGGCCUUCAAAGUGCUGAGAGCGGCGUGGGACAUCGUCAGCAGCCCCGAGAGGAGGAAGGAGUAUGAGAUCAAACGGAUGGCAGAGAGCGAGCUGAGCAGGUCAGUGAGUGAGUUCCUGAGCCGGCUGCAGGAUGACCUGAAGGAGGCCAUGAACACCAUGAUGUGCAGCAAGUGCCAGGGCAAGCACAGGAGGUUUGAGAUGGACCGUGACCCGCUGAGCGCCCGCUAUUGCGCUGAGUGCAGCCAGCUGCACCCUGCCGAGGAGGGCGACCUGUGGGCAGAGUCCAGCCUGCUGGGGCUGAAGAUCACCUACUUUGCUAUGAUGGAUGGGAAGGUCUAUGACAUUACAGAGUGGGCUGGGUGUCAGCGUGUGGGGAUCUGCCCGGACAUUCCCACCGUGUCCUUAUCACUAUCUUCAUUUGGGGUGCGUUCUGGAGCAGGCGGGAGGCAGAGGAGCACCUCCAAAGGCAGCCCCAGCUCUGCCGACCUGCAGGACUUCUUCACCCGCAUGUUCCAAGGGACCUCAGGACAGGUGCCUGGGGGGUUCCCACCUCCCCCCACCCCCACAGCCCCCCAGGGGGCCACAGCUGGGACCACAAGGACGGAGGGGACCGUCCCUAAGGGUGACACCAAGCACAAGAGGAGGAAGAAGGUGCGUCGGCCCUUCCAGCGCUGAGCACACCGUGCAGGGCUGUAUAUGGAGGCCCCAAUCAGUGCUUAUGGACUCUCCCUGGCCAGGGACGAUGGUGCUCUGCUGGGCACUACAAGGGCUCUUCUUUCAAAUAAAAAUCUAUUUUU